AUGGACUUGGCCAUGUCUUCCAUGCUCACAGAACGUCUUCAAUGCGUCUCAUCGUCCAUAUUGAUCUCUACCAGACUAAAUCAAGUCCUGUCUGUCUUCGCACACCGCAUUUUCAAGGCCAGCGGACCCAUUCAACAUCUUCAACUGCCUUCUAUGGGCAGGCUUGGACGGUUGGAUGUGGCCGCUUGCCAUGCUACAAUGCAUAGCACGAAAAGUGACAUUGGCAUUCCCACAGACAGGCCGCAACUCAUCGGGCCGUGCCACAGGAGGUCUCGGAUGCCCUCGCUCUCGGUCGAUCGGCGCCAUCACCGCAGAAGACGCACGUACGUCGUACUCGAGAAGCGACAGCCCGUUUGCAUUCAGAAACGAUAUCGACACUCCCUCGAGCAGUCGCGCGCCCAUCUUUGGCGACCGUUUUCAAGAUUCCGAGAUCUGAUUUCUGCAACACCAAACGCGUCUUCAGCUUAG